CGGAACGCGAAAGGAGCGGAACUCGCCAGGCUAGGGAACGGAAGAGCGAGUGGGACGUGUUUGGCAGAGGGACGUGCUGUUCCCGGUUAAACUGUAUUUUCGGCGAUGUUUCCUCGGGUCUCGGCUUUGCUACCGCUUAGCCACUUCUCCCGCCUCCUUUUAUCCUCUGGGAGCGCCGAGGUACCGGCGGCUGCGGUUCUGCUGCUCGCGGCUCCACACGGAACGGUCAGGACAAAAAAUAAUAUCCAGAGAUAUUUUGGCAUUAACAGCGUGAUCUAUAACAAGAAAGAUGAGCAGUCUUUUCCAACGCAUGAGACUUCUCAGGAAACUUCCAACAGCGACAACAGUGUAAAGGAGAACACGAAAAAAGACUUGAUAAAUAUUAUUAAAGGUAUGAAAAUUGGAUUAAGUACAGUAAAUGUACAGACAACCAAGCCACCCAACAGAAGACCACUUAAAAAUUUGAAGACCGCAAUUGGCAGAGUUCAAACAGCUACAGAAAAUACCACAAAGAAGAGAAAUGAGCCCUUGAGUCCUGAGUUACUGGCAGCUGCAUCUGCCGUUGCAGAGUCUCUUCCCUUUGACAAGCAGACAACCAAGUCUGAGCUGCUCAGACAGCUCCGGCGGCACGAGGAAGACAUGCGGGCACAGAAGGAGGGGAGGCAACAAAAAGUUAGUUUCGGUAACAUAAUAUCGGGUAUGAAAGUUGCCAAAUCUGCUACAGCCAGAGUUAGUAGGAGACCAGAGCAUCAGAUUCAGUUUGAUGACGGGUCUGAUGAUUAUUUGGACCAUCAAAAGAGCGCUGAUCUUAGACAAAGAGUCAGAAAAUGGACUGAGCGGCAAGGGGAUGGAGAGACGGUUCAGAAGCUGAGAGGAGUUGCUGGACCUGAAUGGCCGGGAACCCUCAGGCACCAUUCCCGGGAGUGGCUGCGGCACGCCAGUGGUAGCAUUUGGCUGCACUUUCCUCAGGGAGAAACAUCCAGCCACACAGCCUACUCACACCUCCAGAACCAGAGAAUAAUGGCACUUUCAGCAAAAGCUAAGUACUUGUGUAUAUUUUACCGCGCCCCUUGCCCUGAAUCCAGCUUUAGUGGAUGUUGAUUUCCCUGGACCUGAGAUAGGUUCUGUUGCGCAACCUGAGCCAUUCUCCCGGGCUUGGAGAAGGAAUAAAUUCACAGUUGGGGAAAAGAUAAUCUGCCAGCUCCACUAACCUGGGGAGCUCAGGGCAUAAACGGCUCCUGUCCAGGCAUCAACGGUCUGUGGACUUUGAAUAUCUUUCCACUCUGCAUGGACCUGUGUAGGCCUAUUUCUGGAGAACAGGCCCUUGUUGGCAGACUACAACUGUUUCGGCUGCGGUGGAGAGGUGCGUGUUUGAUGUUUCACAUUGCUUUGCCUAUUAAGCAGGGUCCUCACCUACUCACAUCAGGGGCCUAAGGACUGGUGGGUCCAUGCAGGUCACCCAGCCACCCGCGACUGGGGUCCAAAGAUAACUGAUACCUCCCAGUCCUUACAACCAAAAGCAUUGGGUGCCCAAGAUCAGUCUGCAAAACCCACGCGGCUCUGUGCUGUAGGGAAUAGGGACGCCCUUUCCUCACAGAUACUCGGGGAACAGUUGUAAGCCCCUGCCUUCUUCAGAACAUGACCCCCUGCUGCAACCAGAUACCAAUACCUACACCAAUCACCCCUGCCCCCCAAGACUGUAAGACAGCCUGUACCACACACUUUAUGACCAAUUGCCUGGACACCUGAGCUGAAUCCAUACAAGAAAAAUGAAUAGACUCCUAGGCUCAUAUACCUGGUAACAGUUCUAGGCAUCUGGUGACGGGAGGUUAGAGCUUCAAAGGUGGAAAUAAUCAAGCUACCUCACUCAAGCAACCUAUUUGGACAUAUCAAAAAAAAAAAAAAACAAAGCAUACAAAGGCUACAGUAAGCAAACAUAAAAUAAACUAAUACAAUAACUUAUAGAUGGCUCAGAGACAACGGUCAAUAUCAAAUCACAUAAAAAAACAGACCAUGAUCGCUUCAAUAAGCUCUCAGAACAGGGAAUCGAGGGACAUUCUGGAUGAAGGUGCAUUCCCGGAAUUACUGGAUGCAGAAUUCAAAAGAUUAAUAUACAGAAUUCUUCAAGACAUAAGGAAGGAGAUCAGGCAACACGCUUAAGAAGCCAAGGGACACGCAGAUAAAGCAGUUGAAGAAAUUAAAAAGGUUAUUGGAGAACAUAAUGAAAAGUUUAAUAAGCUGUAGGAAUCUGUAGAGAGAAAGCAAUCAUAAAUUCAGAAGAUUAGUGAUAAAAUUACACAAUUACAAAAUAGAAAGAGGAGCAGAAUUGAGCAAGUGGAAGGCAGAAUUUCUGAGAUUAAAGAUAAAGCACUUGACACCAAUACACUUGAAAAAAUAUCAGAUAAAAGAAUUUUAAAAAAUGAAGAAACCUUAAGAAUCAUGUGGGACUCUAUCAAGAGAAAUAACCUACAUGUGAGUGGAGUACCAGAAUGAGGAAUAACAGAAAAUACAGAGAGAAUUGCUGAAGACUUGUUGGCAGAAAACUUCCCUGAUACCGUGAAAGAUGGAAAGAUAUCUAUCUAAGAUGCUUAUCAAACUCCACAUAAGGUAGAUCUUAAAAGAAAGUCACCAAGAUAUAAUCAAACUUGCCAAAACCAAAGACACAGAGAAUUUUAAGAGCAGCUAGGGAUAAAUGAAAAGUCACCUACAAAAGGGAGUCAAUAAGAAUAAGCUCAGACUACUCAGUAGAAACCAUGUAGGCAAGAAGGCAGUGGGAUGACAUAUAUAAAGCAUUGAAGGAAAAAAAUUGCCACCCAAGAAUCAUAUAUCCAGCAAAACUGUCUCUCAAAUGUGAAGGUGAAAUUAGGACAUUUCCAGAUAAACAGAAGUUUAGGGAAUGUGUAAAAACCAAAACUACAAGAAAUACUAAAGGGAGUUCUCUGGUUAGAAAAUCAAUAAUAACAGAUAUCAACCCAAGACUAGAACACUGGACAGAGCAAUCAGAUGUCAACCCAGAUGGGGAAGUCACAAAAAUAAAUCAAGAUAAAAGAAAAAAAAAAAACCCCUCAAAACACGGAAACAGGAUGUCGUUAUGUAAAGGAAGACAACAUUAAAACAAUAAAGAGGGACAAAGAAAUGUAGUCAUAGAUCUUUCAUAUGAAGAGGAAGACAAGACAAUUUAAAGAAAUAAAACUUAGGUUUAAACUUAGAAAAAUAGGGGUAAGUAUUAAGGUAAGCACAAAGGAGACUAACAGUUCUACUCAUCAAAAUAAAAUACAAGAAACCAGCAACUACACCAUCCUGAGACCAGAAGAACUAGAUGGUGCCCAGCUACAACCGAUGACUGCCGUGACAGGGAAAGCAACAGAGAACCUCUGAGGGAGCAGGAGAGCAGUGGGACGCAGACCCCAAAUUCUCAUAAGGCCAGACUUAAUGGUCUGACUGAGACUGGAAGAACCCUGGUGGUCAUGGCCCCCAUACCUUCUGUUGGCCCAGGACGGGACCCAUUCCUGAAGCCCACUCUUCAGACAUGGAUUGGACUGGACAAUGGGUUGGAGAGGGAUGCUGGUGAGGAGUGAACUUCCUGGAUCAGGUCAACACUCGAGACUAUGUUGGUGCCUCCUCCCUGGAGGGGAGAUGAGAGGGUGGAGGGGGUUAGAAGCUGGCGAAAUGGACACGAAAAGAGAGAGUGAAGUGAGAGAGCAGGCUGUCUCAUUAGGGGAGAGUUAAUUGGGAGUGUGUAGCAAGGUAUAUAUGGGUUUUUGUGUGAGAGAUUUGUAAAUGUGCAUUUAAAGCACAAUAAAAAUUAUUUUAAAAUAAAUAAAAAUAAAAUACAAGAAAAAAUAAGAGACUCAGCAGAAACAAGAUCAACUACAAUAAAUAACAGGAAAAGACAAUAUAUAAACAUAAGCUACUCAGCACAAAAAAUUAAGUGGGAAAAAUAAACUCAACAAUUCACAAAAAAGACAUCAAAAUGACAGCACUAAACUCAAACCUAUCCUUGAUUACCCUGAAUGUAAAUGGACUAAAUGUACCAAUAAAUAGACAAAGAGUGGCAGAAUGGAUAAAGAAAACAUGAUCUGUCUAUAUGCUGCCUACAAGAGACACACCUUAGACUUAGAGAUACAAACAAACUAAAACUCAAAAGAUAAAAAAAAGAUACACAUCAAACAACAAUCAAAAACAGCAGGAGUGGCAAUAUUUGUGACAAAAUAGACUUUAAAAUCAAAUCCACCACAAAGGAUAAGGAAGGAUACUAUAUAAUGAUUAAAAAGACAAUAUAUCAAGAAGAUAUAACAAUAUUAAGUAUUUAUGCCCCCAAUGACAGAGCCACAAGAUAGAGAAAACAAACUAACAGCAUUGAAAAGAGAGAUAGACAGCUCCACAAUUAUAGUAGGAGACUUCAACACACCACUUUCAGUGAAGGACAGAGCAUCCAGAAAGAAGCUCAGGAAAGACAUGGAAGAUCUAAAUGCCACAAUCAACCAACUUGACCUCAUAGACAUAUACAGAACACUCCACCCAACAGCAGCCACGUAUACUUUCUUUUCUAAUGCACAUGGAACGUUCUCUAGAAUAGACCACAUGUUAGGUCAUGCAGCAGGCUUUAGCAAAAUCCAAAACAUUGAAAUAAUAGAAGGCAUCUUCUCUGACCAGAAGGCCAUAAAAGUGGAAAUCAAUAACAGAAAAAGCAGGGAAAAGAAAUCUAACACUUUGAAACUGAACAAUACCCUGCUAAAAAACGACUGGGUUAUACAAGACAUAAAGGAUGGAAUAAAGAAAUUCAAAGAAUCCAAUGAGAAUGAAAACACUUCUAUCAAAACCUUUGGGACACAGCGAAAGCAGUGCUCAGAGAUCACUUUAUAUCAAUAAUUGCACACAUGGAAAAAGAAAAAAGGGCCAAAAUCAAAGAAUUAUCCCUGCAACUUGAACAAAUAGAGAGCAACAAAAGAAUCCCUCAGGCACCAGAAGAAAGCACAUAAUAAAAAUUAGAGUAGAAUUAAAUGAAAUAGAGAACAGAAAAACAAUUGAAAGAGUUAACAAAACCAAAAGCUGGUUCUUUGAAAAAAUUAACAAAAUUGAUAAACCAUUGGCCAAACUGACAAAAGAAAAACAGGAGAGGAAGCAAAUAACCCAAAUAAAAAAUGAGAUGGGCGAUAUUACAACAGACCAACCAUGUUAAAAAAUCAUGUCAGAUUACUAUGAAAAAUUGUACUCUUACAAAUUUGAAAACCUAGAAGAAAUGGAUGAAUUUCUAGAAAUACGCUACCUACCUAAACUAACACAGAGGUAGAACAACUAAAUAAACCCAUAACAAAAGAAGAGAUUGAAAUGGUAAUAAAAAAGAACUCCCAACAAAAAAAAGCCCUGGCCUGGACAGCUUCACUGCAGAGUUCUACCAAACUUUCAGAGAAGAGUUAACACCACUACUACUAAAGUUAUUUCAGAGCAUAGAAAAGGAUGGAAUACUUCCAAACUCAUUCUAUGAAGCCAGCAUAUCCCUGAUACCAAAACCAGGUAAACACAGCACACACAAAAAAAUUACAGACUAAUAUCCCUCAUGAAUUUAGAUGCAGAAAUCCUCAACAAAAUUCUAGCCAAUAAAAUUCAACUACAUAUCAAAAAUAUAAUUCACCGUGACCAAGUGGGAUUCAUACCAGGUAUCAGGGAUGGUUCAACAUUAGGAAAAGAAUUAAUGUAAUCCAUCAUGUAAAUAAAACAAAAGACAACAACCACAUGAUUUUAUCAAUCGGUGCAGAAAAGUCAUUUGACAAAGUCUAACACCCAUUCAUGGUAAAAACUCAGCAAAAUAGGAAUAGAAGGACAAUUCCUCAACAUAGUAAAGGGCAUUUACACAAAGCCAACAGCCAACAUCAUGCUAAAUGGAGAGAGUCUAAAAGCAUUCCCCUUAAGAUCAGGAACCAAACAAGGAUGUCCUUUAUCACCACUCUUAUUCAGCAUUGUGCUUGAGGUCCUAGCCAGAGCAGUUAGGCUAGAUAAAGAAAGAAAGGGCAUCCAGAUUGGUAAGGAAGAAGUAAAAGUAUCUCUAUUUGCAGAUGACAUGAUCUUAUACACAGAAAACCGUAAAGAAUCCUCAAGAAAACUACUGAAACUAAUAGAAGUGUUCAGCAGAGUGAAACACAAAAAUCAGCUGGAUUCCUCUACACCAACAAAAAGAGCAUCGAAGAGGAAAUCACCAAAUCAAUACCAUUUACAGUAGCCCCCAAGAAAAUAAAAUACUUAGGAAUAAAUCUUACCAGAAGAAAACUACAAAGAAAACUACAAAACACUUGUGCCGAAAAUCAAAAGAGACCUACAUAAGUGGAAAAACAUACCUUGCUCAUGGGUAGGAAGACUUAACAUUGUAAAAACGUCUGUUCUACCAAAAGCCAUCUAUAGAUACAAUGCAAUUCCGAUCCAAAUUCCAACAACAUUUUUUAUUGAGAUGAAGCCACAAAUCACCAACUUCAUAUGGAAGGGAAAGAGGCCCGGGAUAAGUAAAGCAUUACUGAAAAAGAAGAAGAAAGUGGGAGGCUUCACUCUACCUGAUUUUAGAAAUACUAUACCACCACAAUAGUCAAAACAGCCUGAUACUGGCACAACAACAAACACAUAGACGAGUGGAACAGAAUUGAGAAUCCAGACAUAAAUCCAUCCAGCUAUGAGCAGCUGAUAUUUGACAAAGGCCCAAAGUCAGUUAAAUGGGGAAAAGACAAUCCGUUUAACAAAUGAUAUUGGUGUAACUGGAGAUCCAUGUGCAAAAACAAGAAACAAGACCCAUACCUCACACCAUGCACAAAAGCGAACUCAAAAUGGAUCAAGGACCUAAAUAUAAAGUCUAAAAUGACAAAGAUCGUGGAAGAAAAAAUAGGGACAACACUAGGAGCCCUAAUACAUGACAUAAACAGUAUAAAAAGUAUUAUUAACAGUGCAGAAGUGAAUCUUGAUAACUGGGAGCUCCUAAAAAUCAAACACCUAUGUUCAUCCAAGGACUUCACCAAAAGAGUAAAAAGAUUACCUACAGGCUGGGAAAAAGUUUUUAGCUAUGACGUUUCUGAUCAGCGUCUGAUCUCUAAAAUUUACGUGACACUGCAUAAACUCAACUAUAAAAAGACAAUCCAAUUAAAAAAUGGGCAAGAGAAUAUUAACAGGCACUUCACGAAAGACGACAUUCAGGUGGCUAAGAGAUACACAAGGAAAUGCUCACCAUCAUUAGCUGUUAGAGAAAUGCAAAUCAAAACUAUAAUGAGGUUCCAUCUCACCCCAAGACGGCUGGCAUUAAUCCAAAAACCCCAAAAUAAUAAAUGUUGAAGAGGUUGUGGAGAGAUUGGAACACUUUUACACUGCUGGUGGGAAUGUAAAUGGUGCAACCACUUUGCAAAUUGAUUUGGCACUUCCUUAAAAAGCUAGAAAUAGAACUACUAUAUGAUCUAGCAGUCUCACUCCUUGGAAUAUAUCCUAGAGAAAUAAGAGACUUUACACAAACAGAUAUAUGCAUACCCAUGUUCGUUGCAGCAUUGUUUAUAAUAGCAAAAAGAUGGAAGCAACCAAGGUGCCCAUCAGCGGAUGAAUGGAUAAAUAAAUUAUGGUGUAUUUACGCAAGAACAGUGAAGAAUCCGUGAAACAUUUCAUAACAUGGAGUAAUCUGGAAGGCGUUAUGCUGAGUGAAAUUAGUCAGUUGCAAAAGAAUGAAUAUUGUACGAGAGUGCUAUUACAAGAACUCGAAAAAUAGUUUAAACAGAGAAGAAAAUAAUCUUUGAUGGUUACGAGAGCGGGGAGGAAGGGAGCGAGAGGGGUUUUCACUAAUUUGAUAGUAGAUAAGAACUGUUUAAGUGAAGGGAAAGACAACACUCAAUACUGGAGAGGUCAGCACAGCUGGAACAAACCAAAAGCAAAGAAGUUUCCUGAAUAAGCUGAACACUUCGAAGGCCAGCGUAGCAGGGGCGGGGCUUUGGGUACCGUGGUUUCACAGGAGGUCUAAGUCAAUUGGCAUAAUAAAAUCUAUUAAGAAAACAUUCCGCAUCCCACUUUGGAGCAUGGCAUCUGAGAUCGUAAAUGCUAGCAAGCAGCCAUCUAAGAUGCAUCAAUUGGUCUCAACCCACCUGGAGCAAAGGAGAAUGAAAAACACCAAAGACACAAGGUAAUUCUGAGUCCAAGAGGCAGAAAGGACCACAUAAACCAGAGACUACAUCAGCCUGAGACCAGAAGAACUAGUUAGUGCCCGGCUACAACUGAUGACUGCCCUGACAGGGAACAGAACAGAGAACCUCUGCGGGAGCAGGAGAGCAAUGGGAUGCAGACCCCAAAUUUUUAUAAAAAGACCAGACUUAAUGGUUCAACUGAGACUAGAAGGACUUCAGAGGUCAUGGUCCCCAGACCUUCUGUUAAUUCAAGACAGGAACUUUUCCUAAAGCCAACUCUUCAGACAGAGAUUGGACUGGACUAUGGGAUAGAAAAUCAUACUGGUGAAGAGUGAGCUCCUCAGAUCAAGUAGACACAUGAGACUAUGUGGCCAGCUCCUGCCUGGAGAAGAGAUGAGAGGGCAGAGGGGGGCAGAAGCUGGUUGAAUGGACAUGAAAAUAGAGAGUGGAGGGAAGGAGUGUGGAGCAACUGGUAGUAUAUAACCCACUAACCUCGUGCCGUAGUAUAUAGCAAGGUGUAUAUAUGUUUUUGUAUGAGAGACUGACUUGGUUUGUAAACUUUCACUUAAAACACUGUAAAUAUUAAAAGAAAAAAUUUGAAAUGUGUGUAUUCCUAUUUUUAGUUAUGUUUUAAAGAUGUGGCAAUUUAGUUAAAAUGCCUAGGUCAUUGGAAUUAGUUUUAAUUUGUGCUUUGCAUAUUUAAUGUAAAAUUUUUUUCUCAAACAAUUUUUAGUUGACAGUAUACAAAAUUGUUCAUUAAAAUACAUUUGUUUUUUUCUUUUUAGUCUUAGGAGAGACAUAUUCAAGGGGAAGAGACUUGAUAUUUUUGAUAUUAAGGCUGCUGAAGAGGCACCUGAAACAGG